CAGUCGGUGACGCGACGCCCGUGACAGCGGCAGUGUGUGUGUCGGUGCGGCGGGGAGAGUUGCUGGGAGCUCGGCGCGAAGACGCACUUCCCCCUCCCUCUCCUCCUCUCUAACACCACGUCCUGCCGACGCAGUCUGGAUACCAUGGUCGUGCUGAGCAGAAGGGAGUCGGUUUCUCCGGCCAUGUCCAGCAGCGUCGCGCACUGCAGUCGCCUGGCGUCCGCCUCGCGGCACCACGACUGGGACAUCAACGACACCAGCGUUCCGCGGGUGAGCGAGUUCAACCGCUGGGAGGAGUGGGCGGACGGCCACUGCCGCCUCGUGUACCCGGCGUCCAGCGAGGAGGCCAAGCGCCACGCCAGCGGCUGGGCCAUGCGCAACACCAACAACCACAACGUGCACAUCCUCAAGAAGAGCUGCCUGGGCGUGCUGGUGUGCUCGCUGCGGUGCGCGCCGCCCGGGGUGGCCGGCGGCGAGAAGGUGCACCUGCGGCCGGCCAUCUGCGACAAGGCGCGCAAGAAGCAGCAAGGGAAGCCAUGCCCCAACAGGCAGUGCUCCGGCCGGCUGGAGAUCCUGGCUUGCCGCGGACACUGCGGCUACCCGGUCACCCACUUCUGGAGGCACACGGAGCACGCCAUAUUCUUCCAGGCUAAGGGCGUGCACGACCACCCGCGACCCGAGGCCAAAUCCACGUCGGAGGCGCGGCGCAGUCUGGGGGCAGGCCGUCGCGUGCGGGGGUUGGCAGUCCUGCUGGCCCGCGAGGCUGCGCUCGGGUCAAAGCUCCUAUCGCUGAGAGAAGGCAAGCGAUCCGACAUGAGCCAGGACUCGAUAACUCGGCCCAUGAUGUGUCCGCUGGACCCGCCACCUCCUCUGAUCUCGGACUGUGAUAAAGGCUACUCCUGCUCGUGCCCGCCGUUCGAGUGCGUGUGCGGGCGGUCCCCGGCGACGCCGUACCCGCAGCUGCCGCUGGACUCGUCCCUGUGGCUACAGGACCACUUCGCGCCCCAGGAGGGGGGCUUCCCCUUCGGCGGCCCGCAGCCCACCGAGGAGGACCAGUACGAGUUCCCCCCGCUCGGCGGCGGAGACCUCUUCCAGCCCGAGGAGAUCUUCCAGCUGGACCAGCCGCUCAAGAACAACAACCCCGCCUACCAGACGUCCGGCUACCAGCAGGACCCGGGCAGGUCCCCGCCGAUGCUCCUGGACCUGGGCAGCGGGCCCGUCAAGCCGGAGCCCGGGAUCAGCUUCUGGACGUCGCACCAGCAACAACAACACCAACACCAGCAGCAGCUCGCGACGACCACGGACGAGAGCGACAGCAGCUGCAGCAGGUUCGCCGACGGGUUCGCGGAGCCCGCCGAGAAGCUGGGGGCGCACCCGUUCUUCUUCGGCGGCGACGACGGCGACCAGCCAGCCAAGCACCCGGAGGACAUGGUCCUGGGCGACCCGCAGGCACUGUACUUCCAGGAUCACCACGAGGCCUCGAGGGUGGAGGAGCUGCACCCUGCGUCUCAGGUCCUCGACGGUGGUUCCUCCUUCGGCUUUGUCCACCAACAUCACCAACAACAACCACAACAUCACCAUCACCAGCAGGCGCCCAGCCCGGAGGACGCCAGCUUCCGCUACGACUGCGACCCGCUGAGCGAUCACCAGCACCAUCACCACCAGCACCAACACCAACACCAACCACACCCGCACCAGCACCCCGAAGAAGCGCUCGAGUACCCGUACGUGUACUGCGGAGGACAGGAGGUGCUGCCGCCACACGAGUUCCUGGCCGACUUCCGAUUGCACAGCUCGGCGGCGACGGACGGCUUCCGCGCGCCCCAGUUCCACGGCAACAGCAACAUCAUCAACACCAACAACAUCAACAACAACAUCAACAAUGUGUUCCAGCAUGCCGCGUUGUAACCACUGUAAAUAAACUGUACAUAGCCACGUC